CCGUAACGUCGCGACGUCUGGAUACCGCCUCUUUUCCCUACAAUAUUUACGUCUCCAACGAAAACCGUCAAAACGCGAUAUCGAAAAAUGAGAAACCGAUUUGACGCAGUAAAAAAUCAUCUCAAUCUUCCGAGAUCGGUGCCGCUUCGUAUUGCUCCGAUUGUCACACGGCCACGGCCGGAAGUAUAGCGGGCUUCGCGAGAAGGAAGACGGAUGUAACAAACGCGGUGCAUUUUGGCGAGAGAAUAACUUCGCCGAAUCAGUGCAACUCAAGUCGUAGUGACUACGAUGUCAAAGUGAUCUUUUGCAAUUGAUCGAACGACAGACGUGUGUCAUCCAUCAUGCAGAGACCUGGAUUGCAGUUCGUGACUUUGCUGUUGUCCUCCUUGAUGGUGAUAAGGAUAUCAGUGGUCUCAGGAAUUUACUUCCCGCAAUCGAACCUCGCUUUAAAGCUCCCAUAUUUGGCUCGACACGACAAGGUCAAAUUAAUCAGUCUUAGGACUCUUCGGAACGAUUCGACUACGCCGCAAAAUGUGGAGUACCAGAUUCGUAUGCCACAGGAACAGUCUGUAAUUUACCUUAGGAAUUCGAGCGACGUUAUGCUACGAAAUCUUUCGAAAAAUGGCGCACUUAAUAUCGUUAUCAAAGCGACGGAAAAGAAUUUUGACGAAGCAGUACUCGAAAUAAAAGUGCAACCAGUACCAGUAAAAGGAAAAUCAAUCAAUUGUGCAGAUUUCGUACAGGACAUGUGCUUCUGGAAAACGUCAAGAUACAAGAUUUACGAGAAUCAACCAGUCACCAUGAUUGGCAUGUUCGGCCCAGAGGCAUACGACUACGUGUGUCCCGAAUUUCGCGUCACCAGAUAUGAAUUAUUGAAUGGAACAGACUAUUUUCACGUAGUCGACGGUAAAUUAUUUGCGAACGCGUCCUUGGACCGAGAUGUUAUCGGACCUCCGGGAGGACCCGGACCUCACGUCAAGAUCCAGGUGAGAUGUGUCGUUUGGGAAGAAAAGACUGGGAUGCAGCACGUGCAAACGAAUGUCCUCACUAUCGAUAUCCUGGAUGAAGACGAUAAUCCUCCGACGGUGCAAGGCAACACUUCCAUUGCUAUAACGCUUCAGGAAUUCUCCAAGGGUUAUCAAUUAGUAAACGAGAAUUAUUUGGUCCUGAGGGACGCGGAUGCGGUGACUAGCAAUCAGUAUAGCAUUCGUCUGCUUGAUGAUACCUCCAAAGCUUUGAACUUCACUUGCAGCAUUCUGCCGAUCGAACAUCACUUGCGUCCGGAUGAAGCGCCUUCUACCGGCAUUUUUCCCAGUAUUAUUACAGAGAAGACGUUGCUACCGAAAUCACCGUAUCGUGUAGUCCUUCAAGUCAAGGAUGAGUCGCUUCUCGCAGGAUACGGGGCAAAUUCGGUAAAUAUCAGCAUAACUUUGUCGGGGCCGGUACACCAAGCUUUAACAACUCCAACGCCGUCAACUGUUGCGACGUUCUCGUAUCCGACGAAUGCGAAGAUAGCCCGGAUUUCACCCAGAUAUCUACGCGUAGCGAAACCCACCACGAAGCCGCAUCCUUCGAUAACUUUCGUCCUGAACGGCUCGGGUGCUUUCAACGUCACUCAACGGGAGGGUAUCAUUUACGUAUCGGAUGAAACUAAGCUACGAUCCGAGUCCAACACUGUUCAACUAAAAUUAAGAUGGAUCGGAGCAGAUGGUUACGCGACGACCAAAACGCUACGAGUGAAUCUGAUCGAUGUACCACAAUCGAAGAACGACACGUGUGGACAAUCAGCUCUAGAGAAAAUGCACACAUGCGCGAAUGCGGAAACGCGCGAGGAAUGUGAAAAAUCUUGUGGAAUCGGCAGCGGAGGCUUGAGCAAAGGUAAUUUUACCGAUCGAUGCGUUUGGAGGAAUGGCAACGCUACACAAAUGUCGAAAUAUUAUUCCACUUGUUCUCCGAAUUUGUCGUAUUGCCCGAACAACGAAUGCGACGAACUGGAAUUCACCGUUCCACACAUAUGUCCGCAAGACUGCAUCUCUGAAUCUGACGGUCUUCUCGCUCAUAUGGACAGCAACGAACGCGGCAUAAAGAGAGGCUUGAAUACCUGCACCUGCAACGAUCUACUGAUAUGCACCUGCGGAGGCUCCAUUUUACAACAAGGAAAUGACGUGCCUGGAACAACAAAGGAGGAACGACUUGGCACCGGAAAAUUACGUAAUCGGGGAAACGAGGUUGUCGUGUCGGAUGCACGCAAAGCGUCCAGCGGACCGUGCGGCCCCACGUGUAUGAUGGGUGUUAUUGCAGCUAGUCUGUUUGUGUUGAUCGUGAUUGUGGGAUCAUUUGUUACGUGGAGAUAUAGAAUGGCGGCGAAGGGUGCUCGACGGGAAUGCAAACACAGGGUGGAUGAUGCAGCAAAUGGUAUUGGUAUUUUGCCGUCCGACUACAUCGAUCGCGGCGAUGGUCUCCUGAUCGGUCUGGACACGUUCGCGGCGGCGAAUCGUCAUCUAUUGUUACCUAAGACAUGCCCGCCGGAUCCAAAAUGGGAAUUUCCUCGGUCGCUUCUGAAGAUCGAACAGGUGUUGGGCGAGGGUGAAUUCGGGCGCGUUUUGCGCGCUAAAGCUAUGAACAUCGGCGGAAUUCCUGGUCCCACGACUGUCGCGGUGAAGACUCUGAAGGAAGACGCGUGUACCUCCGAACUAGCAGAUCUGCUGUCCGAGUAUCAGCUUCUGAAGGAGGCGCAACAUCCGAACGUGAUUCGGUUAUUAGGUGCUUGCACGACACCACCAGGCGCGCCUGUCUACCUCAUCAUCGAAUUCGCUGAAUUCGGUUCUUUACGUAACUAUCUGAGGCGCAGUCGGCACUUGGAAUCGGAGAAUAGAAUACCUGCACCGGCGUCUUUCCUUUCCACUUCGCCGAUCAACGUCAGCGAGGAAUCGCAAUGUAGCGAUAAUGCAUUGAACUAUACUAUAACGCCACGCGAUAUUCUCUCAUUCGCCUGGCAAAUAAGCAAAGGAAUGACAUAUCUCGCUGAUAUUAAGUUGGUGCAUCGGGAUCUCGCGGCGAGGAAUGUUUUACUCGCAACUGGUAAGGUCUGCAAGAUCUCGGACUUUGGUCUAACUCGUGAUGUAUAUGAGGACGAUGCGUAUUUGAAGCGAAGCAAAGGACGAGUGCCUGUAAAAUGGAUGGCGCCGGAAUCCCUGGCCGACCAUGUGUAUACCAGCAAAUCGGACGUUUGGAGUUUCGGCGUGCUCCUGUGGGAGUUGGUCACGUUAGGAGCGUCUCCAUAUCCCGGAGUCGACGUACAUAAUCUCUACAAUCUACUAAAGGCCGGCUAUCGUAUGGAAAAGCCGUCUAAUUGCUCCCAACAGCUGUACAAGUUGAUGGUGUCGUGUUGGCAUCAAGAGCCCGGUAUGCGACCGUCGUUCAAGGAACUAACUAGUCAUUGGGAACGUAUGCUGGAGGAUGGUGUCGAAUAUCUCGAUCUUAAUCCACGAACCGUCCAUAAUCAAGCCUACUUUGCAUCUCUACAAGCUUUGGACAGCGCGAGUGGUUCUGGUAGCGAUCAGGUUGAUAACGGGAUUAUCAACGGGAUUCUAAGGACAGAUACUGUUAACUAUCUCGGCCGGAUAUCUUCUGAACCAGUAACAAAAUGCGACAAGAUAGACAAGCUGCAAGCGCUCUGGCAAUCAACCAUAGCAUACUUCCCCGAGGAACCUAUAAAGUCGCCUUAUGUAAACGAACGACCUCCAAGUUUGAAAGCCAAUCAUUAUGAAAGCCCGAUAAAAUUGAGAAAUACCAGCCUGACCAGCAAUAGCGAGAACGAUCUGAGAACACCUCCCAACGAACGACCUCAGUCCUACAUUGAUAUGCAAGGAAAGAAAUCGGCGGAGACGGAGGAUCUUUUGGUGUUUAGGAGUCUUGACGAUGACGAAAAGACUGACAAUAACGUGACGAACUGAUCGACGUAAUCUCACGUUGGACAAAUGAGAAAAAUCCAAAAUAGGAAAACACGUCAGUUUUCUGAGCCUCGUCGAGUUUUCCUAGUCUUAAGACAAAUAUGGAUGAAAGAAAGUAAAGGUAACUGAUUGAGGGAGCAAUUGUCAAUCGCAAAUUAUGCGAGAAAGAGAAGAAUAUUUAUUUAACGAGGAAGUAUGAGAGAAAAUUGUGUGAGAGAGCAAUUGGAAGCGAAUGAUUCGCGUGGGAUGAGAAACGCCAUUCUUUAUGGCGAUUUAUAGGAAUUGCGCAGAACGACGAUGACAUGUAAUGUACUGGCUGAAUGAAAAUUUGCAUUUGUAAAAGCAAAUAUUAACUCCGUGGAAUUGAAUGAAUCGCGAUUUAAAUUGUAUCGUAGAAAGAAUUCCUGAAAGAAUUCUUGAUUGGACGAAAUGCCCUAUAGAAAGUUAGGAGUAAACUAUAUCGCGCAAAGUGCUAAACCAAAUAUAAAUUACUAAUUAAUUUGCCGUGUUUUUAUGUACUUAAAGUCAUACGGCUGUUUGUCGAUCACCAUUGGUAAGGUCGCUUUUAAUACUAUUAAUAAUAAUAGUUACAUAUUAUAAUUAUUCGUGCGAUUUCUUGAAAAGAUCAUCGUAUUUUCAGCAUUAAAAAAUUUUCUGUACGUCACACCACGCAACUGUGAUGAAGUUUGAAAAUAGUUGUUCAUCAAGAACGUCAAACUUCCCAAACUAAGGGCCAUAAGUUAUUUCUUCUUAAGCGUUAGCAGUUUCUGUUACAAGUACAAGCUUCAAUAAGUGCAAAUAAGUUAAGGAAACAUUUUCACAGUUAAUAUUAAAAACUUCACUCGUAAUUUACCGAGCGAUAUUAAGCGUUCAAACUCGAGAAGUUGCAGAUUUGGUCUUCCAUCAAAUCUUUCUUGAUAGAUAGAUCCGUGGUUGUGAAAUUGUACGGCACUCUACUCAACUUGAAACUUAAUCACGCUUUCUUUCGAAACGAAAUACUUUCUAUUGUCGCACUAGCUUUUGUGGCUUUCGUGUGCCCGACACAACGAAGCAGCAGAUCGCACGCAGAUCGAGGUGAUACGAUCGAAGUGUAAGAGUAGUAUUUUUUACGAGACGCGUGUGUGGGCUCCGGUUGGCGCGACGUCAUAUCCGAAGAAGACUGUGUUUCGCCGUACCUCACCAGGAACGGAAUCGUCCCUUUUGUAUUUAUGUAUAAGAUACAACAUUCCACCCACGAUUAGCCUAGUUAUUUAUCGUACGGAUUUUAUAACACGACUGCGUAUGAUUUCGACUAGUACCACGUUCGAUGUUUUCCUGUUUCCUUUUUAAACUCUCUGGGGCAUUAAUGACAACGACUUGAAGCACGCGCGUUACGAGCCGAAUAAUAUUGUGCCAUAUUAUUUUCUUGUAACUGAUAUAUCACAAAAACAUAUAAAAGACGCUUCCAA